AUGGUGCGCUAUCAGACUCUUGCAUACAAAGACUUGGAAAGUGGGAAAACUUUUCACGCCAGUGAUGCCAGGCAGUUGUCUUUCUCUCGAGAUGGCAAUUUCGUCGCCGCAGCCUGGGGCGGACUGGUCCGAGUAUGGGAAACGGUCCAACCACAAGACGCUCAUCUAGACAGCCGCAAGUUCGCUGUGCGCUCAGUUACUUUGCUCCCUGGUGACGAUGAUCGGGUCACCGUGCAUAACAACGAUGGCUCGAUCCGAAUUUGGUCCGCCGAGGCCGAGGCACCGGAAGCUGCAAUAGCGAAGUCAGCGGAAGGUCUGCAGUUAUCACCAGAUGGCAGGACUAGCGUUCUCAAAGAGGACUACGACACGUUCCAUGUCUGCGAUAAAGACUUCGCCGUUGUCACCACAUACAGCGGCGUCCUCGAGGCUUUUUUCGCGCCAAACAGCAAGCUUAUCGCCUUGGUAUCAAGACAGGAGCUCUGCGUCGUCGAUUGCACCACGCUCGAGUGUACGAAAUUAGCACCGCGGCUUUCCUACUAUAAGGUUGAAGACGUUGAGUUUUCGUCGAAUAGUCGGGCUCUCGCGUGCGUGCUUACGGAUCGUCGUCGAAGUGAUUGCACCUUGCAUCUCUGGAAUUUUGCGACGACGAAAGAGUGGAAGAAGGAGCUGCCACAGUAUCAGGAUACCAUCAUGGACAUUGUAUUCUCACCAGACAGUACGCUAGUCGCCGUCACUGUUGACGAUGGCGGGCAACUGUACGAAGGCUACUGCAAACUGUUGGAAGUAGCGACAGGAAACGAGAGGGGAGUCCUACGGUUGAAGCGCAUCCCGUUACCAUCGACGUGCCGUUUUUCACCCCAACGGUCAACUCAUUGCAACCACCGCAGGUGGUAG